AUGUCACGGUUUGGUGGAAAGAAGGGCAAGAAGCUACCUGGUGCUGAAUUUAGUUGGGAAGGUGACGCAGGUGGUGAGGCAGACAAUGCUCCCACACCUUUAUUCCCUGCUUACUAUAUUCUCACAUAUGUGGAGACCUAUGUUAUCCCAACUGGCCGCGUACUCAACCAUCAAGAAAAAAAUGAGGUAGCUUACUUCCGGAGUUUGCGCGAACAAUUCCACGAGGGACCUUACUACUCGCUCCUCAAAGCUUCUGCGAUAAAUGCGAAAAAGGGCAGCACUGCCCGCGCCACCAUGGAUCCCUUCACCAGCAUGCCCACUUAUUCGGCGCGCUACCAGAAGAAACACCGCGUUGUUCCUCAUAUCAAUCCCAAGGAUCAUGAAUACAUCUUGAAAUUCUUCCCCCGCAACCUCUGGCCCAUCAUCCAACCCAGCUUCCGACCCAAUGGAGAAGCAAACUUCCAGUCUGCCGUUGGCACUCAAAAGCGUGGAUUUGAAGACGACGAAGAUGAAGGCCCCUCAUUCAAGCUGCGCAAAUCUAGCGAUAGUGAUAACGAGGAUGAUGUGAACAAGGGAGACGAUGAGGAGGGAGCCGGAGAUGGGGAGUUGUUAGAUGGCGAUGAGGAUGCCGAAGAGGAGAUUGAAGACAACGACUUUGAGGAUGAUGAAAAUGAGAUGGGUGGUGAUUAUGAUGCUGAGCAAUACUUUGACGCCGGUGGUGACGAUGAAGAAGACUUUGGUGAGGGUGGAGGUGGCGAUGAAGAUACCUACUAG